AUGGCACCAAGAACAGCUUCCACGCAUGUGGAAGCACACGUCAGGGUGUCAUACGUGGUGGCGCUCGCCAUCGCGCUGCUCUCGCCGUCCUGCGUGGCAUCGUCGAGAUCGUUGCUGCUCUCAUCCUCCUUCGCCGAUGCACUGGAAGGCAUCCAAACCGCCGACCUGGCGCCAGCGGUGCCGGAGCAGCCGGCUGUGGAUGCAAUCCCGCCGGUGGGGACGCCGGAGUCGUCGGCCCCUGCCGCCGUCUCUCCGUCGCUGGCGGUGCUAGAGCCGCCGGCUACAGAUACAGCCCCGGCGCUGCAACCCCCGGAGCCGGCCCCCGUCGCCGCCGUGCCGCCGCCGUGGACGGCCUACCACGGCCAGCUUGGGAAGAGCAAGCACGGCGACCACGACAAGGCGCCGUCACCCAAGUCGAAGAAGCACCACCCGAAGGCGCCGCCCAAGCACCACGGCCACCACGCCCCUCCCCCGGAGCCGGACCUUCCGCCGCCUGCUGAGCCGCCGUACGGAGGGGAGCCACCGGCCGCUCCGGCGCCCGACGCCCAGACCCCGCCGUGGCCGUUCCCGUGGCCGCGCCCGCCGGGCACCGGGCAGUGGCCGCCGCUGCCGCCGUUCCCUUCCCACCCGCCGCCCGUCCCCGCGUGGCCGUGGCCGCACAACCCGGGGAGCAACCCGUGGCCGCCGCUGCCUCCGUUCCCGUUCCACCCGCCGCCGUUCCCGGCGUGGCCGCACCCCGGCCCCGGUGGCAAGUGUCCGCCGCUGCCCCCGUUCCCGUUCCACCCGCCGCCGUCCCCGGCGUGGCCGUGGCCGCACCCGGGGCCAGGGGGCAAGUGGCCGCCGCUGCCGCCGUUCCCGUUCCACCCGCCGCCGCUCCCGGCGUGGCCGUGGCCUCACCCGGCCAGCCCGUGGACGCCCGCCCCGCGGUCCCUGCACGGCACCGCCGGCGCCCCACCGACGACGGCGCAGCAGGACCCCAAGAACUGA